CUGCGCCCCGCCCCUGCCGGCCGCGCCCGCCGGGGACCGCGCGCCCUGGGAGGGCAGAGGGCUCCGGCCUGGGCGGGGCGAGGCGAGGCUCCUUGGGAUGUGGCGGCGCUGAGAGCGCGGGUCCUGGACACCGCAGGCCGGGAGGUCCCGCCGGCGCCGGCACGAUGAGCGCCCCCGCGGCCGCCCCGAAGAAGGAAGUGGACUGCCUGAGCCCGGAGGCGCAGAAGCUGGCGGAGGCCAGGCUGGCCGCGAAGCGAGCAGCCCGAGCGGAGGCCCGCGAGAUCCGCAUGAAGGAGCUGGAGCGGCAGCAGAAGGAGAUCUAUCAGGUGCAGAAGAAGUAUUACGGGCUGGAUACGAAAUGGGGCGACAUCGAGCAGUGGAUGGAAGACAGUGAGCGCUGCUCUCGCAGAGCGAGGAGGACAGCUUCGGUUUCCGAUGAAGAUGAGCACAUGUCCGUGGGCAGUCGCGGGAGCCUGUGGACCAACGGUUACGAUGGAGACCUGUGCAGCUCACAGCCCCUGAGCAGAAGAUCUGGCAGGGUUAGUACAGGCAGUGGCCACAGCCUCAACCAUGGCUGGCUGCUUGGUGUCCCAGCAUCUGUCUCUCCCUGGCGUGGGGUGGGAGGGCAGGGACCAUGCCCUCCGCAUGUUAGUUGCCUGGGGGACAGCGCAUGGAGAACACCCUACUACUUCGCCUGCUGUCCUGCCCCCGGGCACUGGAUUGGAGCGCCCCACCCCUCGGGUAGCUGUCCCUACUCCUUGCCCUGUACGUGCCCGAGGAUUGUGGAUCACAGCACCUACGAGAGGAGUUGGCCCAUUUCCUUGAUCCAUGAGGCAGAUCACUGUUGCAGGGGGCACUCGGUCAUUCAGAGAACUGGACUUCUCCUAGACACCGAGAAGGUGGAGCUGAGCGGGCAGCACUCGCGCCCGCCAAAACUUCUCUCGCUUUGGCCUGCUCGGCAGCUCUUUGGAAAGGAGCUGGGAAUGGUGGCCUCCUCGGGCCUUGCUGCACGCGGGCAUGGCUGGCACGGUCAGCAACUGGUGUGUGCUCUGGGAGACGAGAAGGGCACCCCUCCUGAUGCUCUGUUUUGGUCGCAGGCGUCCGUGUUGGAUGAGAGCAGCCUGGCCAGGGUGCGCCGGGGCAGCGGCUGCGGCUCGUACGCUCCUUCAGAGCACAGCGGCCACCUUACCUCCAGCUCCCGCGCCUCCUCCAGGGCCAGCUCAGCCCGUGCCAGCCCAGUGGUUGAAGAGAAGCCAGAGAAGGAUUGCACUGAGAAGGGGUCCCGAAACAUGCCGGGACUGUCCGCGGCCACGCUGGCCUCCCUGGGCGGGACUUCCUCCCGGAGGGGAAGUGGAGAUACGUCCAUCUCGCUGGACACUGAGCCCUCCAUCAGGGAGAUCAAGGAGCUCAAUGAGUUAAAGGACCAGAUUCAGGACGUAGAAGGCAGAUACAUACAGGGCUUGAAAGAGAUGAAGGACUCCCUGGCCGAGGUGGAGGAGAAGUACAAGAAGGCCAUGGUCUCCAACGCGCAGCUGGACAACGAGAAGACCAACUUCAUGUACCAGGUGGACACGCUCAAGGACGUGCUGCUGGAGCUGGAGGAGCAGCUGGCCGAGUCCCGGCGCCAGUACGAGGAGAAGAACAAGGAGUUGGAGCGAGAGAAGCACGCCCACAGCAUCCUGCAGUUCCAGUUUGCUGAGGUGAAGGAGGCCCUGAGGCAACGCGAGGAAAUGCUGGAGGAAAUCCGACAGCUGCAGCAGAAGCAGGCGAGCUAUGUCAGGGAGAUUUCUGACCUUCAGGAAACGAUAGAGUGGAAAGACAAAAAGAUAGGGGCGCUAGAGAGGCAGAAGGAGUUCUUUGAUUCCAUAAGGAGCGAGCGCGAUGAUCUUAGACAAGAAGCAGUGGCACUCAAAGAGGAACUGAAGAAACAUGGAAUCAUCAUAAACUCAGAAACAGCUACCAAUGGAGAGACUCCUGACUUGCCCAACAACACGGGCCACCAGGGCCCUGCCAAGGUGACCACGGAACAGCUGAGUGCCCUCAGGUCCCCGGGGGACGGGCCUCCAGACACUAGGUUGAAAAAGCUCAUGGAUGAACGGGAAGGCUUAUUGGAACAGAUCAAGAAACUCCAGGGGCAGCUGGAGGGGAAGCAGAAGAACGGCAAGCUGCUGGACACUCUGCGGCCGGAAGGCGACAUCCUGGAGAAUGGGAUGGACCUGCAUGUGGCAGAUCUGCAAAGGGACGCCAACAGACAGAUCAGCGACCUCAAAUUUAAACUUGCAAAAUCCGAGCAAGAGAUAACUACAUUAGAACAAAACGUAAUAAGGCUAGAGAGUCAAGUAUCACGUUAUAAAUCGGCUGCUGAAAAUGCAGAAAAAAUAGAAGAUGAACUUAAGGCUGAAAAGCGGAAACUCCAAAGAGAGCUGCGAUCUGCCUUGGAUAAAACAGAGGAGCUUGAGGUCAGCAAUGGCCACUUAGUGAAGCGUCUAGAAAAAAUGAAAGCCAACCGAAGUGCACUCUUGUCCCAGCAGUAAGCAUGGGCUCUGUGCAGGCAGCCGGCCAGUUGCCCGCCGGCUCUCUGUCCUCCCCAGCCUUCCAGGAGCAGAGCACCAGGCGGGGAGCACUCGCCACUCUUGGCUGCUCCCCGGCCCACCUGUGGGAGCCCCCUCUGCCGCCAUGCGCCUGCCUGCAGACCCUGCCCGGCCAGGCUCGCUCAGCACACGGCCCGGCAGCCGCCCAGCCUCGCAGGCACCACGACCUCUCCUAGGCAGUGGGAGGAGGAGGCCAGGGAAGAUGAAGGGAACUGGAGUCUUGCGCCCAGGGGUCGCGCUCACGAUGAAGGUGAAAUGGGACUUCCUUAGUAGUGUCUCUUAGUCUACACUCUUUACACGAGAGCCGGGGAACCACAAGCCAUUACCACACCGAACUCUUUCGCCAGAAACAACGAGAUGGUCUAGACAUAAAAGUGACCUUAAAAUGACUCUCGUCGGGCAACAAAUGACGUUUUUCUAGGGAAUUUUUGCAUCACUUCUGUCACAAAGAUACUUUUUUUCCAGGGUAUUUAGGCGUUUGCGUCACUGAGAGCAACUGCUUUUCUUUUGCAUUAUUUAAUCCUUCUAUUUGGAAUUGAAGUUGUUGGCCUCUUUUGAAGAACGUACUGUUAGACAAAUUUAAAAAAAAAAUAAAAUGUUGGAGAUUUUGA